ACCUGAGACUUCAACAAGAACUCCUCCAGAAUCUUGGCACUACUUGAUACUACUUGACACUUCCAAAUGGCUCACCUUUUCAUUUUCUAUAUUACAUAUAUUAUCAACACUAUAAUACAGACUAUGUUACCUGUUUAUACAUCUGUCAAAUUGGAUGCAAUCCAAAACCGUGGUUUAGCCUAAUUAUAAUAACACAUUUAAUGUUGCCAAUUGUAUAAUGCUCAGUUUUUCUGACACUGUCCGAGGGAUGUUGAUGUAGGUGUGCGUUAAAUGUUGAAGUGGUUAUUGGUGGCACUGAUAGGCAUGGCCCGGUACAUCAUUGUGACGCUAUAACCUUAAGCAAAAAUAUCACGGUUUCACGGUAUUGCAAUUACAACAUUUAAGAUGAAUUAUUUUGGAAUGCCUGGGAAAAAGAAAAAUGUUUCUCUCUAUUGAACACAAUGUAUUUUAUUUUUAAAUACUCCGCACACUGGCAGAGAGAGGGAUCUCUAAACUGCACAUUCUGUCCUUGACGACUCAUAAACGGCUAAUAUGAACGGUAUGAAUGGAAAAUUUUAGCCGUUUUGAAACCGUGACUUUUUCAAACCUCGGUAUACCUUGAAACCUGCCGGCCCAUGUCUAGGUACUGAGUGACUACACUGUAUAUUUGUCUUUCUAAGUUUUAUCCACUCUCGUUUACACACACGGCAGAAGCAACUCUCACUAUAAUGUGAUCCAAAACAAGGCUCACUGGCUGCAGGAUUACAUUACACCAGUAAAACAAGUUAUGGUGUAUUCAGAAAAGGUCAUUCUGAUAAAGAAAAAAGUCUUGCUCAAUAUUAUCUGAACUUUGUAAAAGCCCAUUGACUGGAUUUUAAAGGCCUGUUUGUUGCUGAUUUUUCUAAAUUUGAUUUCUAGAAAACAAAUAGAUAUGUUGGAAAUUAUACAUUUUGAAAAGUUAUGCUUCUUACAUUUUCCCUUUUCAGUUUUACUUUUUUCUUCAGUGUGUUGAUAGAUGUUUUGCAUACAGCAGUAUACUUAAUACCAUGGUGGAUGAAGUAGUCAGAUAUUUACUUAUAAAGCUAAUGAUGCUGCCACAUAAACAUACUAAGCGUACUGCAUUUAAAAUUUUACUGAAGUAAAAGUUCAGAUUUGUCAAGAAGUAAUCCUGCAGCGUGGCUCCUUUUCAGUGUCACACAUGUUUUAUGUGCUUAGAUUGUUAAUGGCCGGAAUUUUUAAUCGUGUAGUUGAUCGAAGUAGAGCUACAUUUGAAUGUGUUGUGCUCUUUAUUAAAUAAUAUUGCAUCAUAUUUUUUGAUUAUCGAUGUUUACGCCAUUUUCAAAGAAACCCUUCACCGUUGGACGUGCACACCUCAAAUUGUUCCUCAGCUUUAAAGAUCACAAUGAAUCUAAAAUCACACUGACUGAUUUGUCCUCGAAGGGCACUCACAUUCAACUUCUGUUUGAUGUUCGGAAGUGCAAACAACAGAGAGCUAAUUUAAAUACUUCCAGAUUAAAUCAUAACGUUCACACUUAGUCAGUCGCCCAUUAAAGGUCCCUGAUAACGAAUAGAUCUUACUCUUUUCUCUGUGUCGCUCUGAUUCUCAUUGAUCAAGAAAUCGAUAUGUUGUAAACAUGUAUGUAAACGGUCGUUAUGCAACACAGAUAUGCUCGCGGCUGGCACGCUCGUAUGCGCAAUAGCGCGCGGUCUUGUGUGUGUAUGCGAAUGCUGUAGACUGCAACAUGGUUAUCUUCUCUAAACCUUUUUCAGAAGUUGUUAAGGAGUUAAGACUGAAAAUAGAGAACAAUUGACUUUAGUGUUGCAUCCUUCUUUUUUUACACACACCUUGACAUCCUACAUGUAUGUGGGAAAUUGACAUUAAUGGAUAAUAUGCGUAAAAAAACUAUUUCGGAAAUGAAUAUAAAAUCAGGGUUGCUGUUCACAUUGACAGUUAAAGGAGUUACCAUUAUUUCUUUUUGCACUUAUAUACCACCAAAACCACGAACAAUUCCCUUGAGGGUAUACGUAAAGUAUUCUGAUUCAAAUAUGAAUGUGACCCUCACCCAGCCAUCACCCAACCACUUGUUUGUUUUUAUAAAUGCUUUUUUCAGUCCGCAGCUUGACUCAGGAGUCUCAUAAAGCAGAAUAAACACUAUUGUGAAGCCACUGUGCUGCGUGUAUCCAUUUCACUAAUUAAUAGGCAGUAUUUUAAAAAAGGAGCCUUUUUUAAGUUAAUCAUUAAAAUGCACUGAUAACCAUUUCUAUCCCCUCCUAAAUUCACAUCACACUAAUCACCUCUCAAUCAAUGUGAGCAGUCCUAUUGUUAUGCUGAUUGCGCGUUUCCGCCCAAGCUAUUGCACCAGAGGUUACAUGAUCAUAUACAUAAGAGCUCUCACUGCUGAUGGUCUCUGUGUUCUCCUUGACAUUCACUCACAAAAAAGCCCUUGUGAAUUUGACCAUUGAAAUCUGAUUCUCCCUUUUCUUUUUAAAACUUGAAAGCAAAGCCACAAGUGGACAAAAGGAUUUGAGGAGGUGGCACUUGGUUUUGAAGCGAUGUCAUGACAGGUCACUUGGAUCCAGCCAGUAAAAAUCGCAGGUUUGUGACAUGUCAUCUUCCUUUUCAUGUCAUUCAGGCCUGUACGCUUAAUACCCGAUAGCCACCCUGAGAGGAUUUCAGUAGACUUGGAAAGACGGUGUGCCAGCUGCUCCGAAGGAGGUGGAUUUGGGCGAAGCUCUUUUUUUUUUUUCUGCUAUAGAUAAUUCCGUGCUUAGUGUUGUUGCUUGAGGUAGAGAAUGGUUGGCACAAGCCCAGUGAUUAAUCUGAAACAUGCUAUGGGAGUUUCAAAAGGACGGGGGUCUGGGAUCACCAAAGACUGAAACGCAAUCUACCAUUUUCAAUGACUCAGCGAGCGUGUUACACGACCAGAUAUUUCAGUUUCAGGGUUACAAGAUGACAAUGGCGUCUAUCAAGUCCAUCCUCAGCGAGGCUGGACAUUGAAACGAUGCGUGACCAGUGAGCCGGACCUUGAAGAUUGAAUGAGCAUGUUUGGCACGGUACCUAUUCGUCUGAAUCCCCACCUUGUAGCAACAGGUUAGGCAUCUGGCCUCCCCCAAAUGCUCUUAUAGCGCGCGGCUUUGACUUUAUUCUUCUCUCGGCACAGCGAUUUUCCUCUCCCACCAUGGUGGAACACAGUGGCCUAGAUAGUCAGUGUCUGAACAAGUACUGUCACAGUUCCUCCUCGUCGUCCAGCUCCGAGCACGACAAAAAGAUGUUCGCCAAACUAAAACUAAGUCUGUCAGGGGAUUAUCCGAGGAAGAACGGAGAGAUCCUCAGCGGCCAAUACGGGACCAAUUUGCUGCUGCUCGGGGUGGCGAUGAUGCUGGCUAUCCAAGGUGAACCCGCUGUCAGGGAAGAGCACUUGUUGGCCUUUGUCACCUGCCUCAUGAUCCUCCAGCUGAUCUGGAUGUUGUGGUACAUGCUGGUGCGGGACAGACAGAAGAACACGCGGACCGAGAAAGAUGUCCACGCCACAACAUGCUGGAUAAGAGGUGGUUUGACACUCCUUGCAGUCCUUUCACUGAUUAUGGACGCUUUCCGAAUCGGGUAUUAUAUUGGCUAUCAGUCUUGUGUGUCAGCUGUGCUCGGGGUAUAUCCUGUCAUCCACGCAACUCACACAAUAACACAGGUGCAUUUUCUCUGGUUUCAUAUCAAGGAUGUCAUCCAGAGCUUUGAAACAUUUGAGAGAUUUGGUGUAAUCCAUGCAGUCUUCACCAACCUCCUCCUGUGGUGCAACGGUGUAAUGUCAGAGGCCGAGCACUUCUUGAACAACCACAAGAGUAGACUCUUUGCACUGGGCUAUGAAAACCUCACUAUAAUGCACACAGAGCCAGACUGUAACUGCACCACCAGCACUUGCUCCUUGUUCUCCAGAAGCCUCUUCUAUCUCUAUCCCUUCAACGUCGAGUACCACAUAUUUGUCUCUGCCAUGCUCUUCGUCAUGUGGAAAAACAUUGGGCGGACCAUUGAUCUUUCCUCAAACAAGAAGAGGCUGGCUACCAAAAUUCAGGGCCUGCACAUAGGCCCCAUUCUGGGUCUACUUGCACUGGCCGGCACUAUCGGGGUCAUGGUGGUCUACGUCACCAACAUAGAGGAAUCCUUCCAAACUCAUAAUUCAGCCAUUUCCAUGUUCUACAUUUAUGGCAUUGCCAUGCUGGCGUUCAUGUGCUGUGCUGGUUCCUUAGGUCUGCUCAUAUAUCGAGCGGACCACAUGCCUCCGGACACCUCCAAGAACCCGUCCAGACAGCUGGACACAGAGCUGCUGUGUGGGUCCUCUAUCGGCUCCUGGCUCAUGUCCUGGUGCAGCAUUGUGGCUGUGGUAGGAGCCAACAGCAAUCCUCCUUUCCGCUGGACCAACUUGGUCUACUCUCUGCUUGUUGUGCUGGAGAAGUACACCCAGAACCUCUUCAUCGUAGAGUCCCUGUAUCGCCAGCAAGAGGAUGGAGAGAGGGAGGAUCCUGAGUUACCAGCUCCUCCGGAAAUCUUCUCGGUGACGUCCUCUUUGGCCCCACCGUACAACGGCAUCAUUAACCAAGCCUACGAGACUCCAGACAGAAUCUGUGUCUCCCUGGAGAACGAGGAGGAGGAGAGCAGACAGGUGUACAGAUGUCCGCGGAAACCUUCUGAGGUGUCGCUGUCUGUGAGAAACGAAGUAAAGCAGCCCCUAAAUAUAAAGAGCAAAGUCCUGAAAAACAUUGCUGUCUUCCUGAUAAUGUCCAACAUUUCGCUGUGGAUCCUUCCUGCCUUUGGCUGCCGGCCACAGUACGACAACGGUUUGGAACAGGACACAUUUGGCUACAGCACAUGGACCACAAUUCUCAAUUUCGCCAUUCCUUUGAACCUUUUCUACCGCAUUCACUCAGUCGCCUCCCUCUUCGAGGUGUUCCGCCGGGUCUGACAGAAAAGCAGAUGACUGACAAUGCCAGAUCCACUAACACGCACAAGAACACUUGUCACCACCGGCUCCCGAGAGUGUCUCACAGCGCAGGUCAGCCUUUCAGGAGGCAGUCUGGGUCACACUCCAACAGACUUGAAAGCAAUCCGCAGAGACAAACAAAACGUAGAUCCCUCAGUGUUGGGAUUACAGAGGAAGACGAAACCUAUUGGCCUACGUUCCUUGAAGAAUGACCUUGUUUAACACAAGGCUUAUUAAAAAUGGUGAUGGAAAGGACUUUUGGUUUCAAGAAUUUCAAAAGGGCUCUUUGUACUUUUUGUUCUGUAGUCACAUUACAGUAGGUUUUACUCACUGGUUCAUCAUGUAAAAUAUAUAUGAUGUAUCUGACUUAUUUUGUACUGUUUGAUAUUAGUAGCUGAAAGUAUAUGAUAGCCUACUUAAAAAAUACUCCAGCUAAGCCACUUAAACACCUGUUGUUAGUAUCAAACAUCUACUGUGUUCAACAGAGCCGCAAGUGCAUUAGUUAACCCAUUGACCCAUAUUUUAACUGCAUGUGAAAUGUUCAUACUGUAUAAGGAUAUGGUUCUCAUUUACUUCUCUUAGUAGUUCAAGUUUAUUGUAUAAAACCUGAGCUACAAAGAUAGUUGACAAUCUUAGCACUAUAUUUUGAAUAAUCUUUAUGAGUUGGACUAUAGUUCUCUGGCUCUCUCUGUCAUUUAAGGUUCAUCAAUGUCCUUUUUUAUGCUGAUUCUCUGUUCUGUCAAGUGAAAUAGUAAAUUAUGUUCAAAAUGAUGUUACUAGGUAGCACAGUUUUGAUUAGACUGGGUUAUCUUUAUCCACAAUAUAGUGAGAAGUGCUAGGUGAGAUAAAUCUACUGUCAAAAAUGUUUCCCUUCUGAAUUCAUGUAUGUAUGCACAUGUUUAAAACUCUUCAAAUCAGGUGGAUCUAUAUUGUUAAAAGUGGAAAUCUUGUAUCUGAAAAGGAUUAUUACACCAAUAUAAAGCAACAGUUGCUGUAAUGACAACUGCUACACCAGAUCAGAGAUUGUAUGUUUACACCUGAAAGAUCAGCAAUAAAAACCAUCCCAUGUCUGUGACAUUACUUUUUCUUUUUGAUAUAAAACACAGAUAUACUGGUUACUUGUACUGUACAAUUUCAUAUCAAAUCAAUGUAUAAUUUCUGUCAGUUCUCAACGUGGUGCUAUCCACUGUAUGUGUUGUCACUAUGUGCCAACUUGUGGUAAAUAUCCUGCAAACUGCAAUAUUAUAAUAUUUGUAAAUACUCUCAUGCUGAUUAAAGUCAUCACUCAGACACGGAUAUGAUUUUGUGAAAAUCCAAUAAAAUGGUGCUCGUAUGAAAUGAUGUGUACUAUAGUGAUGAAUGUAUAUCCAUUGUCUAUAUUGAAAUAAAGAAUAUUUUUCUUUUUUUCCUAUUCAA